GGUGGGGUCCACCCAUGAGCUGGUCCAGAAUCUCGUCUCCAUCCAUUCCAUCAUUGAUGCCAAGAUGGCUUCAAGUCGAGUGAUGCUGUUUUCUGAUUCCAAGCCACUUGAGUCAGAGGAUAUAGAUAAUCAAGGGCUGUUGUUGCCAAAGGAAGACAAACAAAUGGACCUGAAAACUGAUCGAAUGCGUCAGAAAGCCAUUUUUGCAGAUGAAGAUGGAUCUGGAGAUAGUGAUGAUGAAGAAGAUGAUGAAAUGUCUGCAGAUGACAGAUUGGAAAAUGGCUCUAGUGAUGAGGAAGAAGGAGAGGAGGAAAAUGAUGAGAUGGCUGAUCAGUAUGUGACUGCUAAGGGCAUCAAACGAGGGAAACUUGAGGAGUUGGAAGAAGACAGUGAAGUAUACUUGCCAGCAUUUGCUGACAGUGAUAAUGACCUUGAGAGGAGCUCACUAGGAGAAGGGGAAGUGGAGGAAGCUGAUGAAAGCAGUGAGGAAGAGGACUGCAUUGUAUGAGAGAGGGGCAUUUCAGGAUCAAAGGCUGUUGGAGAAGGUAGUAAAGCAGAGCUGUCACUAGCUAAUCCCCGGAGCAACCCUGUGAAUCUGGAGAAGUCUUUGCUGAUGAAGAAAGCAGCCCUUGCCACUUCUGAUUCUGGGCAUUGCAUAGCUGAAGAGGCAUUUGCUUCUGAAGACGAAUCUGAAGAAAGCUCCUCACUCAGUGCAGAAGAAGAGGACUCAGAAAAUGAAGACGCUUUUAUGAAAAAGCUUUCAAAGCCUUCUUAGGUGGGCAGUGGUCAGAAACUGGGUUCAAAAAACUUAAUUGAUGAGACCAGCUAUAUAGAAGAUUUAGUCAAAGAGGAAGAAGAUUUCAAUGAAGAGCAGAAUGA